AUGUAUAUUUUCCCGCUUCUUUUAACUACUGUUACCCUUCUUGGCGGCUCUGCGUUGGUAAAAGCGGACAUUGAUGCUGGAAAAACGCCUCCAAUGGAAGAAUGGGUGAAUCCUGGAGACAUGAUUAACUAUGACACUGAUAGCAAGGUUAGUUUCGUUUUCAAAAUUUAAAUUUAAUGCACAAUAUUAUUUUGAUACAAGCUAAAGCUAUGGUUGCAAAGCAUAGAUAACAUUUAGGCCUUCCACAUUCUGCAACGAAAAAUUGUAUGUGUUCAGAGAUUCCAGCCCUAUGCGAUGGAAAAUAGGGAGUAAUUAUUAGCGCCUUCGGCGCGAGCUUCUAGCGGGGUCCGGGGGCAUGCCCACCCCCGGGAAAUUUUGCAAAUUUAGGUUCUCUCAAGUGCCAUUUCCUGAAUUUUGACAUCAUUCCGGCCUGAGUUAUAACAUACCAUAAUGCCCUUCGCGAAGAAAGUAAGUAUAAUAUGAGUGUUUCACAGUGACAGACCGCCAAAAAUUCUAAAGAUUACCAAUUUUUCCCUAGUUUUCAGAAUUUUAUAAUAAAUCGGGAGAAUUUGGUAAAAAUCAGGAGAGCGGGAGGCAAGGCAUCAAAUCGGGAGGGUUGGAAUCUCUGUGUGUACAUUAAGUGAGUGACUAAAAAGAAACAAUUAUCAGUUAAAAAUUGAUGCCGAUUUUUGGGGGGGAAGGGGGUGGGGGGGAAGUUGCGCGGGAAUCCCCCUGAUUCACCCCUAUGCUUAUGUUUAAUGUCGAAUUUACGGGUUAGCGACCUGCUACAAAACCAAGUUCAAAGGGUGGUAAUGAAAAAGAAACCUUAUUAGUAACACAGAGUCCUUUCGAUCCGUUCUCAUGAAGUGUAGUAAUACCAAGGGAAAGACUGCCCAACCCUGUUUGAAAACAAUGAGAAGCUGGUAUGAAGUGGCAAUACAUUAUAAACUAAACUGAGAAAUUAGUGUGCAGUCUUAGAAUGUGCGGUUAAAAAAGUUGUUUCAGAAGCAAAGGAAAAAGACUGCCUUAGAACCUCUUUUAUAUCAUAUAUUUCGACAGUAGAUUAUCUAGAUCAUCAACAAUCUAGUCUGCUUUUUUGAAGUCCAUAUAACCUUCUCCCAGUGCUUACAUCAUAUUUUAGAUGACUCUAAAAUGUGGGUAAUGACAUAAAACGAAAGAUUGAAAAGAAUCUGAAUAAUAUCCUGACCACAAACAAAAGUUAACAAAAUAAUGAGUUCUGCAUGCAACACCAAGAAGCACCCAAAAUGUGGAUUUCUGGGUAUAAUGCUCAAAAUUGACAAGGCUCUCAUCCAUUCUGUGCAGUUCAAAGAUGGCUAUAGUUUCAAAUAUAAAAUUCCUGACACCACAAAAGUUUCAAAAUCCUCAUCAAGGUAACACUAUUCAAUGUCAAUCUGUUUUGUUUUCGACACUGUUUGAACAUCCCAGUCUUACAGCCAAUAAUUUGUCCGAAGUUUUCUAACAUUCCCCAUCUGAAGCUUUUACAGGGCUCAAAAUUAACGCUCGCAAACUCACAGAAUGCGAGUGAUUUUGAUAAUCUGCGAGUGAGAAAAAUAUCCACUUGCAAACGCUUGCGAGUUAGAAUCACCCAUGACUCCCAAACGAAGGCACAGAAUUUGCUAGUGGUAUCACCAGUUUGCUAGUGGCAAAAAAUCUUCCUAGCAAAACUUUGCAAGUGCACUUAAAAGUUAACUGCGAGCCCUGUACUAAUAUCGAUAGGUACGUAAGCCCCUAGUUUAUUGUAGUAUUAUUAUACCAGCUAAUUUUCUGAGAACACUCCCAACCCUUAUCCAACCCGGGAAGAAUGGACAAUCCUGUGUUAUUUUUUAACAGUUGAUUGCAGGCAACACUGCAAAUGCAAUGAAGAUGAAAUCCAUUAGGAAAUUGAGUAAUAAUAAUUACUUUAAUUUUUAAAUUCUUGAAGAAAUUCAUCAGGCUAGUGAAGUUAAUAAGUCGAUUUAAAUGUUCUUGAAACAUAGCCAGUCUUAACGUCUUAAUGAUACUGAUAGUUUCGAUGACUGUCAGCCAUCUUUAUCAAAACUUGAAAAAUAUUAAAAGUGUCAGAAGCCUUAAAUAGGCUUCUGAAGGUGUUAAUUAUUGCGAUAAACGUGCAAGACCCCUUUACAAGACCCCCUUUACCAAGAGGAGACAUUAACCAUCACAAGAGAAUGCCUAGAUAAAGAUGAAGAUCUAAAGAAAAGAACAAACCGAGAGGUUGAUGAUAUAAUGGAUCUCACAGAAUUUAUUGCCACCACCACAUACCGGUACUUCAGUUUCAGAGGACAAUUAUUCAAACAAAAGUUCGACACAGCCAUGGGCAGCCCAGUAUCCCCGAUCCUGGCUAACUUCUUUACGGAAUGGCUAGAACAACAGGCCAUCACCACUGCUUCCAUAGACUGUAAACCUAAGCUAUGGAAACAAUAUGUGGUUGACAUCCUAGAAAUCAUUAAGAGGUGAGGAAAGGUGGAGGCUCUGACAGAUCAUCUCAACAGAAUAGACAAAACAAACAGCAUCAAAUUCACGCACGAACCAGAGAAAAAUGGCCAGAUCCCGUUUCUGGACACCCUUAUCAACAGGAGUGAGAACGGAUCCAUCAAACUACUGGUUUACAGGAAAGCCAAACACAGACCAGUACCUGACGUUUUAAUUGUAUCAUCCACUUCAGCACAAACUUGCUGUCAUACGGACGUUAUUGGAAAGGAGUGACAGCAUUGUCACAGAAAAAGAAGACCAUAAACAAGAAGAAGAACACAUAAGAACAGCCCUCCAUACAUGUGGUUACCCGGAUUGAGCGAUAAAGAAGGUCCAAGAGCAAAUGAACAGAAAGAAAGCUAUUACAAAAGAUAAAUCCAAGAAAGAUAAAGCACAAGAAAAAUCAAGAGGAGUGGUGACUGUCCCAUAUGUCCACUCAUUCACGGAGAAAAUACAACGUAUAUUCACCAAACACAAGGUAGCCACAGUGGUUAAACCUCUAACUACCCUCAGACAGGUUUUAGUUCACCCGAAGGACAAAGUUGAGAAGCAAAAAAAGACUGGAGUGGUGUACAAAAUUCCAUGCAGCCAAUGCGAAAAGGUAUAUUAUAUCGGUGAAACUGGGAGACAGCUGGGAACCAGGAUCACAGAACACAGAAAGGAAGCAGAAAAGGUCUCUGACAGAAAUUUCACAAGAUCCACCGGCAGAGCUUCUACCAGUGAACACCAUAAAUCAGCCAUAACAGACCACGUCUGUCAGAACAAUCAUAUUAUGAAUUGGGAAGCAAGUGAAGUAGUUGAGCAGGAAAGCGACAAGUUUAAGCGAUGGAUCAAGGAAAGCAUAUGUAUUAGAUCGAACACUCCUACUAUGAACAGGGAUGAGGGAGCCUAUCAGCCUUCUCCCAUAUGGACACAAGUGAUCUCCACCCCCAAACCAGGAGGGGAGGGGACGUCUACAGAGUGACUUUGCGCAUUUAUGGCAAUAUUAACGCCUUCAGUGGCCUAUUUAAGGCUUCUGACACUUCUAAUGUUGUUCAAGUUUUGAUAAAGAUGGCUGACAGUCAUCGAAACUGUCAGCAUCAUUAAGACGUUAAGACUGGCUAUGUUUCAAGAACAUUUAAAUCGACUUACUUUAAUUUUUAGUGGAUGAAAACCUUGUACCAGAAUAAUUUAAAGCAUAUUGCAUUCUUUUUCACACUUUUCAAAGGCUAAGUUGUAUGAAACAACUCCAAAGAAAUGGUUCUUAUUGGAGCCUGAGAAAACAUACUUUAAAGGCCUCAAAUUUCAUAAAAUGAAGUCUUAUACAUGACAAUUUUACCUGUGUUUUGUCAAUUUCUGUGAAUUUUGAAAUUUUUUUCCUAGGUCCCAGUAGGAAAUCGUCUUUGGUGUUAUUUGAAAAUAAAAAUUACUCAGUUCCUAAUGGAUUCCCUCUUAAGACUUUUAGGGAUGUCACUAACAGCCAGCUGCCAGGUAAUAGUCUGGCUGAAAAAUGGCUUACCACUGGCUCAGAUUACUCUGAAAGAAAAAGCAAGUGGUAAUUGUGUAGAGGUAGUUGACUUAAAAAGCCGGCUUGACUGUCUAAUAGAAAAAGCUUGCCUAGGUUUUCUUUAGCUACAUCCCUGUUGUUUUUUUCAAAGAACUACAAGGAAGCAACUGGUAUAAAGAUCACAAGGUGUCCCUGCCAAGGACCAAAGACAGCCCCACCCAAUGAGAAAAAACCAGUGGCUCAUAUUAAUAAUAAAAUUUGGUUUCAAGGUUAACUUUUCCUAAAUUACAUUUUAGCCACAUUAACUCACUCUUAGGUAGUGGCAUUUUGCAGACUAUUUGUAUGUUGCUGAAAAUAAUAGCCUAUGAAAGUUUCAACUAAAUCAGUAUGUCUCUGCAUUGUCCAUAAUAGGUUAUAUGUGGCUAAAUUCAAUUUAGGUUAGGUUAAACUCAAGACAAUGUUUGCUAGUGGUCUGCUCCUUUUUCUCAGGGUAGCAGUAAAUUUACAGCUCUCCUGCUAUAGUCACAGAUUUUGCUAACACCUGCAUUCAGUUGCUGGAAGUCUCAUUUUGCUCCUUGCACUCUAUUACCCCUGAAUGUGUUUUGGUACAUAUGGGUAGUUAAAUUCAGGGUUUGCAAAUUUUAUUGAUGAGUGGAGUCAGUGUGACUUCUGCUUCACAAAGUUUGGAGUCAUUUUGGAAUAUUUGGAGUCAAGUAUCAGACACUAUCGUGAGGGAUACAUGAAGUAGUUGUGGCGGUCUGCUGACCUGGAAAGCUCAAAUCCAUGAUGGCGGUUAUUGAGUAAACUACAGUAAUUUACCCUCUUCCUGUUUUGUCGAGCAGUAUGAUUCUUUAAUUUCGAUAAUUUAAUUAAGGUUUACAAAGUUUACAAUUAACGUAAAUUGUAUUUGUUGCAAAAAAGGUAAGGACAAAACUGUUUGUUAUUUCUGGAGUCGAAGUGGCUCCCUGUUUGUUACUGGAAAUUUUUGGAGUCGAAGUGACUCCCUCCGUAACCUCAGUGGAGUCAUGUGAACAAUUUUGGUGUAAAAUACGCCAAAUUUGGCAUAUUUUUGCCAACCCUGUAAAUUUUUCUCACUGAGGAUUUUAGUGUGAAGGUGUCUAAGAGUUAUCCCUUACAGGGUUGUCAUGGUCAUAUUCCAUGUUCACUUGCUCCAAGACUUUUCAGACACCCUCCCCACACUCAUCCAUAAGAUUGGAUUAAUAUUCAUUCAAAAUAUUUCCCCGAUUCUCAUUGGCUAAAAGCACACGCAUAAUUCACUAUAACCAGUCACUGAUGACCAAAUCUGGAAGAAUUUUGUGUUUAACGAGGAAGUGACAUCAAAAAUGCAGUGUUCUUGCAGGUUAAGGCACCGUUUACUGAGAAGACCUAGGGAUGAGGUUGAGUUGUUUUGGUUGUGAAAACAAAAAAAAAAUGGCGGACAUUUCACUUGUUUCAAGAGUAAGAACUAGGUGAAAUUAUGGCUAAAAACAUGGCAAGAACAACAAGAACACAACUUGAAGGGUGACAUCUGCUAUUUGGAGAACAUUUGCAGAGCUGACAAACCCUAAACGUGCACUAUCGAAGGUGAACUUAACAUCGAUGGAGGUAAGCAUGUUUUAGCUCUGUUUUUAAACUAGGAAUUAUUUUGAAUGAAUAAUAAAACAAUUAUUGAAUUCGGCUUUCGUAUCAUAUGAAGAAUUAUGGAGAUCUUGGAGGAUAACACCCUCUUCGAUCUCCAUAAUUCUUCAUAAGAUACUCAGCCUCAUUCAUUAAUUAUUGUUAAUUAAUGUUGCUUUUUUGUAUAUGUUGUGGUUCAAUUUUAUCCUUGGUUUAAAUUUUAUUUCCUUUUUGGGGGAAAUGGUAAUAUAUGAAUGAUAUAUAAAUAAUAAUAUAUAAACCAUGGAUAAAAUUGAAUGACAACAUUUACAUCACCAACAGGUGAAAACUGAUUGUGGUUCACUGCAAGCAGAGCUUUUACAGUGCGAACAAGAUUUGAAAAAAAUGCCAUCAAGUUGCCCAUCAUGUGCUGAGAAAACUGCUGCUAAUGCAUCACCUUCACAGCCUUGUGAUACUCCAUACUUCAAAAAGCUUGCAAGAACCAUCCUUGGACACAUUGAAGAUUAUGGGAGUUAUGAAGUAACGGUGACUGCUUCAAAAGAUGAUUCUUCAACUCUUGAGAAAUUUGUCUCAUCAGAUAAAGGAAAUGUGCAGGAUGUCUCUGAGGUUAUCAUUGGUAUUUUAACAAAUUUCAAAAGCCACGAAGAUUGCUGCAGCAAAUGUGACAUAUCAAUUUUAAGUUACCUAACCGGAGAAGCAAUCCUUCUUUCUGUGGCUGUUAUUCUCGUAAUAUGUGCUGUUGUUAUUUUUGAGAUGCGUACAAACUUGUCUUGGCGAUCACAACUAUGGCUUGUUCUGUUGGUGAGUUUCAUCGUCAGUAUUCCUUGGGAAUGGUACCGUUUGUACAGAAAAGCAUUUGCCUCCAAGCAAGCUCAGAUGGCAAGGGCAAACGAAAUCCCAAAGGGUUGUCUACCUGAUCAUGAGUUGCAUCCAUGGGAAUCGUUCAAGCUAUGGUUUAGUAGUUCAUUUACAUUUUCAGACGACAUCUGUACCCGAUACCAAGAGACACUACUUGUUGAUCCAUUCUGGGAAGUAUCCCCAUCAAAAGUAAGUAGUUUUGUUUUUUAUUCAGUGCAACAGCUUUGCUUUGCUGGCAGCUAUUUUGAGAGAGGUUGUCGGAUAAAGUGCAUGCAACAAUACCAAAAGGUAUUGUGGGUAGUUUUGAGUUCACUAUUCUUCAAAGAGAUUUGAAAGAAUGGCAUGAGAGGCCAUGGACGUGUGUUUGCAAAUUCUAA